AACAGUUCGUUUCCCAGCCACACAAAAGUUUUGAAUUUGCUAUAACUUAAAACAGUUGCCUUUAAACCCACUCUCCUUUCCUCUCUCGCUUCCUGGAUCCCCGUCUUAUACCCCGUCUCUAGUCCUUGCGUGCAGUUCAAACAUGACAGCCACCAAAGUUCUUCCAGAAUGCUGGGGUCAUCGAGGAGCUUCAGCAGCUUUUCCAGAGAACACCAUCGCCAGCUUUGAAGCUGCUAUCAAUGAUGGGGCAGACGGCAUCGAGAGCGACGUUCAUGUAUCGUUGGACGGUGUCGUCGUAAUGUUCCACGACCCGAACCUUGAGAGGACUACCGGAUCAGAAGGCUUAAUUAGGGAACGGCAUUGGUACGGCAAAGACGGAAUGGAACACCUCCUGACUAUCAAACAACCUCGACAAAGUAUCCCCACGUUCGCGCAGACUAUCGCUCUUUUGAUGAAACCCGAGAACCAGCAUGUCAAGUUUAACGUUGACGUCAAGGUUCACAAUGAUCCAGACCGCCUCUUCUCACUCAUGCAUGAUAUUAUGUCAACGCAGCCUGAUUGGCAAACGAAGUUGGCUCCCAGGAUUCUGCUGGGCCUUUGGCAUCCGCGUUUCGUGGCUUUUGCGAAAGUGAGAUUACCGUAUUGCAGGCGCUCAUACAUUGGUAAAAGCCUUUUAAUCGCACGGACAUAUUUCUGGGAUGGCGUGGAGGUGUUUUCAAUGUCGUUCGCCUCUUUGACCACAUAUGAUGGCCAGAAGUUCCGAAAUGAGUGCAAAGCUGCGGGCAAGAAGGUUAUGGUGUGGACGGUAAACGAGCCGGAGCACAUGAUGGAGGCUGUACGAUGGGGCAUUGAUGCCAUUAUUACGGACGUGACGAAGAAGUGGCUCGCACUGCGUGCCGCUCUUCAAGCCGAUUACGACUCUAUCUUAUCGCAGUACAGCCGAUGGUUCCUCUGGACGACCUGGAAGUUUUAUCAUCCCCCUAUCUUGACGAAUAGAGUCGCAAGAAUGUACCUCGAAAGUGUUGCAGGUCCCUUUGACGAUUUUGCACCACCCGAGGUGUCUGCACCUGCAGUGGCAUGAAGGAUUCUCGGAUAUUGGUGGCAUUAUCAUUUACCAUUUACGAUGUCCGCGUUUAACGGACCUCAAGAUAUUGGUUACACACAGUUACACACUUACUGAGAUAUUUUGUUCCCCAUGGCAGACGAUAAGUAGCAAUGUCAGAAAUAUAAGGAACGACUGUCUUCAUUCCUACGGGAGACUAGCAAUGGC